UAAUAACAAUGCGUCGUCUUCCUUCAACAAUUGUUCCCUUGAUAUUCAUUUGGCUCUCUCUCUCUACAAUAGUCUGGUAGAAGAAAUAGCGGAGAGCAAUGGGAUCAGCGUUCGGUUCGAGUUCAAAGAGCAAAGAAGAAAAAGAAACGGCUCUUUCCAAGGUCAAGGAGAUCGUUACCUCUUCCCCUGUCGUCGUCUUCAGUAAAACUUACUGUGGAUAUUGCAACCAGGUCAAGAAACUGCUCUCCCAGCUAGGUGCAAGUUACAAGGUCAUUGAAUUGAAUGUGGAAAAUGAUGGAAGUGUGACGCAAUCAGCCCUAGCAGAGUGGACUGGGCAGACGACUGUUCCAAAUGUGUUCAUUGGUGGAAAACAUGUUGGCGGCUGUGACAUGGUUUUGGAAAAACACCAAAAGGGUGAACUUGUUCCCGUUCUCACUGAUGCUGGAGCUAUCAGCAAGUAAAUUCCUCUCAGCUGCAAAAUUUGGCACAAGAAAGAAGCUUAUGUGCAUGUAAGUUCUGAAAUAAAGCGAGUUCAGAAGAUAUGAAUUGUUUAAUAUGUUGUUGUAAGAAUUUGAUGAAGGUGAUGUCAAUUAAAUUUGGUGUGCUUUAUGUGUAGUUUACAAAUUUGACUUCAACUAUUUUAUUGAAUUCUGUUUUUGCAUGUAUGACUCUCAGAGGUCUUAGCUGCUACCCCAUUCAAUUGAUAGUCAUGCUAUGUUAUGAAGUUAAGCAGAUACAAAACUUGGAACC